CCGGGGGUGGGGCCCCCGGGGCGGGGCGCGGCGCGCUGUGUCGCGUGUCGGUGCUCGGUCCUGCUGGAGGCCGCCAGUGGCACACACUCGGUCCUGAGAUGGCGAGCAUACGAGUGGCUAAGGAGCUGGAGGAUCUUCAGAAGAAGCCUCCCCCGUACCUGCGGAACCUGUCCAGCAGUGAUGCCAAUGUCCUGGUGUGGCACGCUCUCCUCCUACCUGACCAACCUCCCUACCACCUCAAAGCCUUCAACCUGUGCAUCAGCUUCCCGCCUGAGUAUCCGUUCAGGCCUCCCACGAUCAAAUUCACAACCAAGAUCUACCACCCCAACGUGGACGAGAGCGGACAUGUUUGCUUGCCCAUCAUCAGCAGUGAGAACUGGAAGCCUUGCACCAAGACUUGCCAAGUCCUGGAGGCCCUGAAUGUGCUGGUGAAUAGACCGAAUAUCAGGGAGCCCCUGCGGGUGGACCUCGCUGACCUGCUGACGGAGAAUCCGGAGCUGUUCAGAAAGAAUGCUGAAGAGUUCACCCUCCAAUAUGGAGUGGACCGGCCUGCCUAACUCAUGUUCUGACCCUCUGUGGCCUGGAUCCUUGGCAUGGUGGACGGACACACCUCAUGGACUGAGGCCAGAGCCCCCUAUGGCCCAUUCCCCACUCAUUUUUUCUUUCUUAGGUUGUUAGUCAUUCGUUUGUGUGUGUGUGGUAGAGGGAAGGGAGCUGUGAGUGUGUGUGUUGUGUGUGGACUCACUCCCGGGUUCACCUGGCCACAGGUACACCCUUCCCACAGCCUUUGCAUCCCCCAGAGCCAAGGGAGUUUCAGUUUGCAGAGUUACAGGCCAGUUCUCCAGCUCUCCAUCUUAGAGAAACAGGUCACCUUGCAGGCCCGCUUGCAGGAAAUGAGCCCAGCAGCCAACUCGAAUCCCCCUAGGGCUCAGGCACUGAGGGCCUGGGGGCAGUGGAGCGUAUGGGUGGGAGACAUAUGGAGGGCACCCUAUUUACACCUGAGUCAGCAAAGCCACUGAUGGGAAUCUACAGAUUUAGGUGCUAAACCGUUUAUUUUCCACGGAUGAGUCACAAUCUGAAAAAUCAAACUUCCAUCCUGAAAAUCUGUAUGUUUCAAAACCACUUGCCAUCCUGUUAGAUUGCCAGUUCCUGGGACCAGGCCUCAGACUGUGCUAUGAAGUGUGUGUCCUCCAGCAUCCAGUCCAGGGGGAGCCACAGAAACCAUGUUCUUGCUUAAGCCAUUAAAGUCAGAGAUGAAUUCUGGA